CCCCACACUUUGUUGUCUACAUGUUACCAGUGCAUUCAUUCACUUGAAAUGCUUUUGUAUAUUGCGGGUGACGUGGAACUGAAUCCAGGCCCAACCCUGGAGGAAAUGAUCGCUGACAUUAGGCAGGGUCAACUGAGAAAAGACGCGGUCCUAGAAAGCAUCAGGGAGAAUCAAAAAGACAUUGAUUUACGGCUUGCUAAUAUAGAGACGAAAGUAACUGUUAUCGAUAAUAUUCAGUCGUCAAUUGUAUCACAUGAAGAGGUCAUUGCUGAAUUGAAGUCACAGAUUGCCGAUAUGACGCAUAAGCUUGACGAUCUUGAGAAUCGCUCACGAAGAAAUAAUCUUAUCAUUAGAGGAUUACCCGAAGCACCUGGCCCUUUCGAGGAUACACGACAGUUACUACACGACACAGUCUUCAAAUCCCUUGGGGUAACGGUUUCUACUAUCGAAAGAGCCCACAGGAUUGGUGCUAAGAAACCAGAACAUAACCGUCCUGUAAUACUUCGAUUGUACGAUUACAAUGAGAAAGUUUCGAUCUUGAAGAAUUCCCGUAAACUUAAAGGCACAAGUAUCACUGUUUCUGAAGAUUUUUCAUUUGCUGUCCGUCAAGUGCGUAAGAAGCUCUGGGACAGUGCUGGUGAUAGCCGUUUAAAGGGUGAAAAAGUUCGACUGGUUUAUGACAAAUUGCGCAUUAAUAAUUGUGUGUACAAAUGGGACGAAAGGUCCCAGUCGCGAGUUUAUUUCACUGCAGAUACGGUAAAUCCUGUACAGAAUCUACAGGGCACUAAUAAUCUGACACAGAACACAGACAACACAAGAACAUUGCGAUCCAGAACCAAAGUAAUUCGCCCUAUUUCCAAAUGA